CCAAUCCAUUGCGUUUUUUAUUUGCUUCCUCUUUCAUCUUUCUCUCUCUUCUUCUUCUCUUUCAGUGUGUCUCAGUGUCUUUCCCUUUUUCCCAUUUAACUCUCUCACACAGAAACAGAAACAGAAACAGAGAGGGAACAAGAACACGAAGAAGAAGCACGAAGAAGCUCAAAAUCUAGAAAGCUUCAUUCUACACACAAACUAUAUUCAACGAAUCGAAGCUGCUUCUUCAUUUCUUAUAUAUAAAUUAUUGUUUAUGAAGAUAGCAUUGUUUUGAAAAAUCGAAGGCGCUGUUCUGGCUUUGUUAACGAAACAAUGAUGUAUCGGAGCAAGCGAUUCGUGCGCGUUCCGUCGCGGAUCCGUGAUUCGCCGUCGUUUUGAUGGAAACGGCGUCGUUUUGUGUCGACUGCUUCUCCGCUCACACUUCCUGGAGUUCAAAAUGUUUCCGUGUAGCUCACGCGCUUUGUUUUCUAGGUCUCGCUGUGUGCUUCGAUUCGACGUCGUCGUUCUCGCUAUUGUAUUGAUAUUGUUUUGGUUGGAAGCUGGUACUGCAAAACCUGUAGAGCACCGACUUCAGUGGGGAAGCUCAGAAGAGAGGACUGGGAAUGUUGCCUCGCACUCUUGCAUACACGACCAGAUAAUUGAACAAAGAAAGCGACCUGGUCGCAAGGUGUAUUCGGUAACCCCACAGGUGUACGAGCCUGGUGUCUUGAAACCCCUUCAGCACAGAGGCAGGGCAUUGCUUGGUUUAUCAUCAUCAGUGGAAUCUCAAAAGGAUGCAAAACAACCUAUAAGGAUUUAUCUAAAUUAUGACGCUGUGGGCCACUCGUCUGACAGGGAUUGUCGGAAAGUUGGUGAUAUUGUUAAACUUGGGGAGCCUCCUUUGGCUUCGCUGCUAGGUUCGCCUUUGUGUAAUCCUCAUGCUGAUCCUCCAAUCCUUGGUGAUUGUUGGCAUAACUGCACUUCUGAAGAUAUCUCUGGAGAGGACAAAAAGCAUCGACUUCGUAAGGCAUUAGGGCAGACAGCUGACUGGUUUAGGAGAGCAUUGGCUGUUGAGCCAGUCAAGGGGAACUUGCGAUUAAGUGGAUAUUCUGCAUGCGGACAAGAUGGAGGUGUGCAGCUUCCACGUGAAUAUAUCGAGGAGGGUGUCUCCAAUGCCGACUUAGUUCUUUUGGUGACUACGAGACCCACAACUGGGAAUACACUUGCUUGGGCAGUUGCAUGUGAACGGGAUCAAUGGGGACGUGCUAUAGCUGGACAUGUUAACGUUGCUCCUCGUCAUUUGACAGCUGAGGCAGAGACUUUGCUUUCUGCUACUCUGAUACACGAGGUUAUGCAUGUUCUUGGUUUUGAUCCCCAUGCCUUUGCUCAUUUUAGAGAUGAAAGGAAAAGACGCCGUAGUCAGGUUACUGAACAAAUUAUGGAUGAAAAGAUUGGCCGGAUUGUAACACGUGUGGUUCUUCCACGUGUUGUCAUGCAUUCACGACAUCAUUAUGGGGCAUUCUCAGGAAAUUUUACUGGUUUAGAGCUGGAAGAUGGUGGAGGACGUGGCACAUCAGGGUCUCAUUGGGAGAAGAGGCUACUAAUGAAUGAGAUUAUGACUGGUUCUGUUGACACAAGAUCUGUAGUUUCUAAAAUGACAUUGGCUCUCUUGGAAGAUAGCGGAUGGUAUAAAGCUAAUUAUAGCAUGGCUGACCGGCUUGAUUGGGGUCGCAACCAAGGUAGCGAAUUUGUUACCUCCCCUUGCAAUCUUUGGAAGGGGGCCUAUCGUUGCAACACAACACAGUUCUCAGGUUGUACAUAUAACAGAGAGGCAGAAGGUUACUGCCCGAUUCUAACAUAUAGUGGAGAUCUCCCUCUGUGGGCUCAGUAUUUUCCACAAGCUAAUAAAGGCGGCCAAUCCUCAUUAGCCGAUUAUUGCACUUAUUUUGUUGCAUACUCUGAUGGAUCAUGUACAGACACUAACAGUGCUCGUGCACCUGAUAGAAUGCUUGGUGAAGUCCGAGGAAGUAACUCUAGGUGUAUGGCCUCAUCAUUAGUGCGCACAGGAUUUGUACGGGGUUCUACGACCCAGGGAAACGGUUGUUAUCAGCACAGGUGUAUUAAUAAUUCUUUGGAGGUUGCUGUUGAUGGUAUCUGGAAAGUGUGUCCUCGGGCUGGUGGACCCAUUCAGUUUCCUGGCUUUAAUGGUGAAUUAAUCUGCCCUGCAUACCAUGAGCUCUGUAACACAGCCCCAGUUGCUGUGUCUGGGCAAUGUCCCAAUGCGUGUAACUUCAAUGGAGAUUGUGUUGAUGGACGCUGCAAUUGCUUUCUUGGAUUUCAUGGUCAUGAUUGCAGUAAACAUUCCUGCCCGAGCAACUGCAAUGGCAAUGGCAUCUGUCUCUCAAACGGAAUUUGUGAAUGUAAAGCUGGCUACACUGGCAUUGACUGUUCCACCGCGGUUUGUGAUGAGCAAUGCAGCCUUCAUGGUGGGGUUUGUGAUAAUGGAGUUUGUGAGUUCCGAUGUUCAGACUAUGCGGGAUAUACUUGCCAGAACAGCUCAAUGCUCCUCUCCAGCCUUUCAGUUUGCAAGGAAGUGCUGGGAAAGGGUAUUUCUGGGCAGCAUUGUGCACCUAGUGAACCUAGUAUUCUGCAGCAGCUAGAAGAAGUGGUUGUCAUGCCCAACUACCACCGACUAUUUCCUGGUGGUGCAAGGAAAUUAUUUAAUAUAUUUGGGAGUUCCUACUGUGACGAGGCGGCUAAACGACUUGCAUGCUGGAUUUCCAUCCAAAAGUGCGACGGUGAUGGAGACAACAGGCUUCGAGUAUGUCAUUCUGCAUGCCAGUCAUACAAUCUAGCAUGUGGAGCAUCACUGGACUGCACUGACCAAACCCUAUUCAGCAGCAAAAAGGAGGGUGAGGGUCAGUGCACUGGCUCCGGUGAGUUGAAACUAUCAUGGUUUAAUCGCGUCCGGAGUAGUUUUACCUUAAGAGAUAGUUCCUCCAAAGGAAUAUCUGUAAGAGAUAGUUAGCUUCAUUUUUUUUUCUCUUCUUGGGUGGUUUUAGGUUGUAGUUUCUUUUGUCUUUUAAAUAGGGUCAUUGUAGAGAAAAAUGGUGGUAAGCAACACCUUAGGUUUAGGGAUUGACUUUACUCAUCCUAAAUUGUCUAGUAGGUUGAAUGGAUGGGGAGGUUACUGAUUUGGCUUUCAAAGAGAGCCUGUUGUAGAGAAAAUUGAGACCUAUGGAAAGGGUAUAAUAGUAAAUGAGAUGAAGAAAGGUGUACCAAAAAAAAAUGUGAUAAAAAAAAGGAAAAAAAAAAAGAAAAAGAAAAAAGAGGAAGGUUACAUGGUUUAACAGUGUUUUGGCCGAAGGCCCUUUAAAAUGGAAAGUUUUUGCUCUCUA